ACCCUGUAUGUCGACGGCACGUGUUAUUUCAUAGACUCAGUAAAAGAUAAAAGAUAACCAAGCGACUGUUGAGACGAAGUACUGACCCAUUACUGUCGCCCGUACCACCUGCGAAUGAGUAGAGGGGACGGUUCUGGUAUGCCAUACACAAUCACGCCGUAACAGUUCCUUCCAGACCACAGGAGUAGAUGUAAGCCUGUAAAGCUAGCAUACAUGAUAAAUGGCAUGUCGUGUAGGUUUACUAAUCUCCACAGCAUGGACCUCCUAUUGUAUCCCAAGUGUGCCGGUAGCUUUCUGCGGUAGGUGGUCCUUCCCGGAACUACCCUAAUGAGGGCAGGUUGAGCCCCUUGUCGGCCGGGGUGAGUGUCUGCUGGGGUAGCGCCAGACAGCGGGCGACGGCCAGUGACCAGCCGCCAGCUCUUUAGUGGGGCGCGCAGCGACACGCCGUGGCCAGGCGGCCGUGGUGGGGGGACCGGCUGACGCGCAGACUCGUGCUUCAGUUGCCAGGCGACCGCCGCGCCGCGAGGAUGUGUCGCUUGUUGCUCCCGCCAGCGCUGUCGUGGCUCGUGCCGCUGCCCCUGCUGCUGGUACUGGCAACUGAAAUCUGUGCGCUCCCCCCACCCAGGGAAAUCUCGCCGCGUAGAACCGCUUUCGGUGCAGUAUACCGAGUGAAUGAUGGUAGUGUUCGUGCAUAUGGACCAUCGCAGUGGCAUAAUCCUAUGUCAAAUGUUCCUGUGAGACAGUCUGCUACAGAAGAGAACUUCAGUCCAUCCAUCCACCCAUAUGCUUCAGGAGAUUUUCCAAGAUUUCCACAUGGUGCUGGAGGCAAUCCGCAUCCUCAACACAACCACGAGAAGAUAGUGAAUGCUAAUAGUGGCGAGCCCCAAGGCACAGUGCGGAGAGAAGUCACCCCAAUAAGAGAAUACGCUGAUUCAUCACAGGGACAGAGGAACUCAAUACUGAGAACUACAGCUAGUCCAGUCUUUCAAGACAGUGGAAUCCUUCGACGAACAAGUGAAAAUCACAGACCCGAUUCUCGUGCCAGUUACCCAGAAACAGUUGACAGGAGAUCUGCUGGAGAUAUUGUAUUUCCUGAUAAGGCCCUGAAUUUCACUCCCAAAGAGGAUGUUAAGAACUGUUCUGAAGAUGGGACUAGUAUAUGUGACAAAAAUGUGCGAGAUUAUCCCUAUCAUUAUAUUGAAGAGGUUAUAGCAAACUCAGCUUAUGACUUCAGUAGCUACUUUCAAGAUGAUCAUAUUUAUGAGGACGUUGCAACAAGAAUUGAUGCAGAUGCCAAUGAUGACUCAGUAUGUGACUCUGAUGAGACUGUGCUGUACCCUAAGGUUGGCCAGAAUGCAGAUGAUCGAACAUUAUUCAUUGUUAAUAAUGAUGGAAACUACAAGCAAGGAGUCAGGGUAGAGAAAUGCAGGAGGAAGGAGCAGUCACCUUGUGAUCCAAAGCUUGUGGUUCCAACAGGUUUCAAAACACAUUGCAAACAGAAAUACAUAUAUAGGAAACUCCUAGCUUUGCAACCAAAUGGUGAACCAGUACCUGACAAUUUCAGGAUUCCUUCGUGUUGUAGUUGCUAUAUUUCAAAGGACUUAGCAACUUUUAGAGGUUUAUUUGGCCCCAAGGACCAACAGCAAACACCAUCUGUAAGGCAGUGAGAAAAUCAAAUGGUAUUAUGCACUGCAAUGUAAUUGUUACUGGAAGGAGAAUCCAUCUCCUUGCAUUAGUGUCUGCAUUCUUUACAGCCAGUCUGCCCAUUCUUCAAUGAAUUUGAAGUUAUAAAGAACCAAAAUGUUACUGUGGAAUUCACAAUUUUCUAUAGGAAAUCUUAAUUAUGUGUCGGCAGUGUUUCCAAAAACAUCACAAUGGAUUCAAAACAGAUGCAAUAAAGUUCUGCUAAGAAGAAAAUGAAUGUUACAUUCACUCAUGUUGUCCAGUACUUGAGCUGUGAUUCAGAGGAUAUUCAAGUAAACAGAGUUCAGAAAAUGUCAUCAAAACAUUUCAGGUCAAGAUCCAUUUUCUUUUAUACAAAAACAACUUGAACAGUAUAGCUGGUGAUACUGUGUUACUGUCAUGUGUUCAAUCUUGUGUAAAACCAUUACACAUUUCAUUAAGGACGGGUGUCAUCAUAGACAUUUGAGAAUAAAUAAUGUUGAAAAACAAUUAUCUUGACGUUAUUAAUGUGGGAAAAAAUCUAAGAACUGAUGCUUCCAGGCAGACUGUAAGUAGACUGAUACAAGCGAAUUUAGUGAAUUAGGAGUGAAACCAUAUGUGAUAAACCAUAAUUUAAAAUUGAAUUAUAAUCACAAAAUGUUGAAAGCAACUGUGGAAUGGAUAAUAUUAGAUUGUUAUUCAAGUUGAUCAUUUGGUCUUAUGGAACAUUUGUUGUUACGAAACUCACGUACUAUUGUUUAUUUUUCUCUCUGUAACACUAUCCACUGAAACACUAUCAGUUUUACUUCUGUUUGCUCAGCUUCCCACUGGAAUACAUUUACUUUUUUUUUACUAGUUUCCCCCCAAGCUCUAGCUGUUAGUAUGUACUUAUAUAUUUCUUGUUACAUUUAUAUAACUUUUACUAUUGUAAUGUAAGAGGAAGCUAUUUGUAAUCUCAUCAGAGCUUCACUUCCAAAGUUCUUCAUCCUUGAGGUUAUUACAAUAUAGUAUUUUCUGUGCACAGUGUCAAUUUUUACUAUGUUAAAAACCAUUUUUUCCUGAGGCAAAAGAGAAAAAAUGUGAGUAAAAGAAACUGUUUAACGUAGACAUCACAUUUCAUGUUAAAUUGUUCAUAAUCAAUAAUAAAGGAAAUUGUCAGUUGUAUUGCUCCUUCAGAUUUGCAAUGUAUGUGCUGAACCCAAGACAAAAUAAUGAACUAGUCAGAGUGAGAUGGUAUAUUUAACUUUCAUCAAAAUGCUGAGUAUUUUUCAAAUGUUUUGAGUGUACUAUUGCGUGUGAUUCCAGUUAAGAGCAUCCGCAUUGAUAUGUUACUGAAAGUUACAGUUGAAAGUGUUUGACCUUCAUCAGCCUGAGUAAAGUACAAUUAAUUUUAGAUUGUAGAUGGAGGUGAAACUUUUCUUUAUAAAAUGUAAUUUUAACCUGUAUCAUUCUUAUAGCUUUUGUGAUAAAUAUUGUCGUUGUCUGCCACUUUAGUUUUAAUAAUUUUAUUUAAUGUAAAUAUUUAUUAAAAUGAUUGAUUGAUGCUUGUAUUGUAGGAAAUAUGUUGAAGUAUUGGAGUAUGAGAGAAGUGUCUGAAGAAUAAAAGAUUUCAGUGAAAGCCC